AUGUCCUUUGGCAAGUAUGAAAAGCAGCCCACACUUGGGUCCAAGGCUGGGUGCAAGAGCUACAGAGCUGCACAAGGACACAGAGAACAUAGCUCCAAGCGAGAAUGGAAGCCUCUGGAGGACCACAGCUGCACAGAUGUACCAUGGCUGCUCUUAUUCAUCCUCUUCUGCAUAGGAAUGGGUUUUAUCUGUGGCUUUUCAAUAGCUACAGGAGCAGCUGCAAGACUGCUUUCGGGAUAUGACAGUUAUGGAAAUAUUUGUGGACAGAAAAAUGUCAAGGUGGAGGGAAUAGCCAACAGUGGUCUGGACCUCACACACAAGAAGUAUGUGUUCUUCUUGGAUCCAUGCAACAUAGAUCUAGUACAUCAGAAGAUCAAGUCUCUUGCUUUGUGUGUAUCAGCUUGCCCAAGGAAAGAGCUAAAAACUCUGGCUGAUAUCCAGAAAUUUGCAGAAACUAAUGGAUCCACUCUGUGUAGCUAUGAACUACAGCCAUCAGAAUACACUACAGACCCAAGGGCCGCCAAGUUAUGUCCUAAAUAUCCUGUUCCAGAGAGUGCACCUAUUCCAUUCUUCCAUCGCUGUGCUCCUGUGAACAUUUCCUGCUAUGCCAAGUUUGCAGAGGCCCUGAUCACCUUUGUCAGUGACAGUAGUGUCUUACACAGGCUGAUUAGUGGAGUUAUGACCAGCAAAGAGAUUAUAAUGGGACUUUGCUUGUUAUCACUAGUGUUGUCCAUGAUCUUGAUGGUUAUAAUCAGGUACAUUUCAAGAGUACUUGUCUGGAUUUUAACAAUUCUUGUCAUUCUGGGAUCACUCGGUGGUACAGGAGUCCUGUGGUGGCUCUAUGCUAAGCAACGAAUAUCUGCCAGUGCUGUUGAGACUCAAAUAGCCAAAGACAAUCUUCAGGCUCUUCUGAUCUAUGCCAUUUCAGCUACAGUCUUCACGGUUAUCUUGUUCUUGAUAAUGUUAAUUAUGCGCAAACGAGUAGCUCUCACCAUUGCCUUGUUCCACGUGGCCGGCAAGGUCUUCAUUCACCUGCCGCUGCUAGUCUUCCAGCCAUUUUGGACAUUCUUUGUGCUUAUACUCUUCUGGACAUACUGGAUCACAGUCCUGCUUUUCCUUGGUACUACAGGUACUCCUGUACCAAAUGAAGAAGGAUUUGUUGAAUUUCGCAUGGUAGGCCCUUUGAAGUAUAUGUGGUGGUACCAUGUAGUGGGCCUGAUCUGGAUCAGUGAGUUUAUCCUAGCCUGUCAGCAGAUGACAGUAGCAGGGGCUGUUGUGACAUACUAUUUUACAAGGGAGAAAAGGAAUCUGCCAUUUACUCCUAUUCUGGCAUCUGUUAAUCGCCUUGUUUGUUACCACCUAGGAACGGUGGCAAAGGGGUCUUUCAUUAUCACUCUGGUGAAGAUACCACGAAUGAUUCUUAUGUAUAUUCAUACACAACUCAAAGGAAAAGAGAAUGCUUGUGCUCGCUGCAUGCUCAAAGCCUGCAUCUGCUGCCUUUGGUGUCUAGAAAAGUGCCUGACCUACUUAAAUCAGAACGCAUAUACAGCCACAGCUAUCAACAGCACCAACUUCUGCACCUCAGCAAAGGAUGCCUUUAUUAUUCUAGUGGAAAACGCUUUGCGAGUGGCUGCCAUAAACACAGUUGGGGAUUUUAUGCUGUUUCUAGGAAAGGUCCUGAUUGUCUGCAGUACAGGUUUGGCUGGGAUUAUGUUGCUGAAUUACCAACGAGAUUACACCAUCUGGGUGCUGCCACUCAUCAUUGUCUGCCUCUUUGCAUUCCUGGUUGCUCACUGCUUCCUUUCCAUUUAUGAAAUGGUUGUUGAUGUCCUUUUCUUAUGUUUUGCCAUCGAUACAAAAUACAAUGAUGGGAGCUCUGGGAGGGAAUUCUACAUGGAUAAAGUUCUCAUGGAGUUUGUGGAGAACAGUAGGAAGUCUAUGAAAGAAGCAGGCCGGGGAGGUGGAGCUGAGGGCAGAGAGCUAAAACCAAUGGCCUCUGGAGCAAGUUCAUCUUGAAACUAGCCAGCCAUAUUGGAGCCCAUUGACAUUCCAAAACAGUAUAUAUAUACAUAUAUACAUACAUAUAUAUAUAUAUAUAUAAAUAAAGAGCCAAAAUCAGAGAAAAGGAACAGGGAUUUAAUACUUUUUUUAACAAUUAUUUUUGUGAAACAUGUACUCUUUUCAUACGGGUGGCUUUUACAAGCAGCUUUAUCAUUGUUCCAUUUUUUUAAAUUAUUCAUUGUGGUCAUGGAAAAGUUGAUUCUUAACUGCUUGAUAUUUUACAGUCUGGAGGAGGUAUCAUUGUAAAGAUAAUCUGAAAUGAUGACUGGGUUUAGACAGAUUUCCCAUGACACUGCUAAUCUGCUGAGUGUUUUACUUGUUUAGUUUGUUUAAAUUUGCAUUACAUUCAGGACAGUUACAUGUAAGGAAAACCUUCAAAUCAAGAAAAGUCUCAAAUUUAGUUUUUCAAAAGGUGGUUUCAGUGAGAGUUCAUUCAGUUCGGGUUUGUAAGCAGUCAUUUUACUUUACAGCCCUGCUGGGGCACAGUUUUGUUUAUCAGUAUCAGAUAUCACAAUAACCAACUCCUCAGGUAUUCAGGUGUGUGGGAGCCCUUGCAUCUCCUAUUAAACAGAAACUAGAAAAUGGGGACAGAUAAUUUUUAUAUGCAAUUAACUUCCUGUUUUACCCUGCUUACCCCUCUUACCUGUUGCCCUCUAUCCUCCCCUUGAGUUCAGUAGCCUCCUUCACACUUCAGCAGUGCUCCUUUGAAGGGUAUGGAUUCCCCAGAUGAGCAAGUGAAGUAACAGAUUGUUAAAGCUCAGUCUUAGCCAUACUCAUGAUUAAUUCGCGACUAGGUGUAACGAUGCUGAGGAUGGGAAGAGAAAUGAACUGUACUACUGUACAGAAAAGUACUGUAUGCUUCAUUUCAUUUAAUGCCGGAGAGCUUUGGGAGGUGAAGGGACCAUGCCUGUUUGUUUCAUCCAUAUUUGUAUGUACUGUAGUGGGUGGCUAAAACAGGAAAGGGCAGAGAAACAUUUCUUUGGAAGUGUAACUGCCAGGAUAGUUAUCUAAAGUUAUCAAAUAACGAUAAGAGAAUGUGCUUUUUUAUUAUUAUUAUUAGAUAUUUGCAUUUCUUUUCAGUCUGGAAGUUCACCAGAUAUGAAUGCUAAUAUUCAAUUCUUCAGCAUAUUGUAAUGGUAAAUGCUUAAAAGUGUAUUUGCUAAGAAUUCAUGAUCUGUCUAUGCUAUAUACUCCUUUUGUUACAAUUUUUUUAUGAAAACUAUUUUUGUUAAAGUAAAGUUAAUAUUUCAGAGCAGAAUUUUUAAACUUAUUGCACUAAGUAUAAGCUCUGUACAAAUAAAUAAUGCCUCAAUGGUUUGAUCACUCCAUUCAAGAAAAUCUUUCAAAAGAGAAAAGCCCUUCUACAGAAGCUUUGCGAUGAAGUGGAGAGGUAUGUCUACGUAGAGACAUGCGCAACUCGUGUUAUCAAGGUUUAAUAAGUGAUCUGUGCUUCCUUUCAGAGGAUCAGGCUUUUAAAUUGCUGUCAAAAGCUUAAAAAAAAAAAAAAAAAAAAAAAAAAAAAGUAGUAUCAUGUAGCUGACCAGUGCUCUUACCUUUUGGCGAUAGUGAAAUAUUUCACUUUUGCUUCUAGAAGUCAUUUGAUAACUUAAAUUUGUUUAGUUUUCUUUCAGUAAGCCAAUUAAAAGGAUUUAUUCUUUUCCUGUCACAGAAGCAAAACUAUAUGAAAGGUAUGAAAAUAAAAAUACAUUUAGAAAUUAUAUCUGCUGGGGAGGCAGGGAGACAGAAUUAUCCAAUCCUGCAAGCACUUAGACACUCAUUUAAGUGAACCAUAUUGGUAGCUCCGCCAACAUCAGGAGGGCUCUCUAAGCGUGGAAGUUGUAAGUUACACAUCUGUGUAAGUGCUAACUGGACUAGAGCUUCAACCUAGGGAUUCAAGCUGGAGCACUGGUGAGGCCUCUCAGUGCAAGUGUAGAGGUCAGACUAUCUAGAAGCAGCACUGGAGCAGCCUUAAAUUUGUGGAGAGGAGGCGUUCAUGCUGUACCAGUGGCUAAGGCAGCAGUGGCACUGAACACCGGUAUUUGUGUAGAUCAGUAGGGUUAUCAUGUACACAGUUGCUUCCAGAAAAAUUAAUUACCAUCUUGUGUGGAACUUAUUGGAGGUGCUUUGAUUGAAGCCUUGGAUUCUGCACAUUUUAACAACAAAUUUCUGCCAUGACCAGUUCCGCAAAUUUGUGUUUUUUGCUCACUGGAAGUCCUGGGUGGGGGCUUUUCUCUGCAAUUGCAACUACAACUGCAGUUGGAAACAAAUUUUGUAUUUUUGUAUGACUUGACUGUGCACCAUUUUUAUAGCAGUUUAUCCUGUUUUAAAAAGAAAUUUGCUUUAUUUACAUGGUGUUUAAAAGAUACAGGCGACACUUUUCUAUGGGUAGUUGUAAUGUUUAAGUGACAAAUCUAUAUCAUUAUAAAGUUCUUAAUAAAAUUGUGUGCACCAUUCUUGAGUGUAUAUCCAGCAUGCAGAGCUUUUCAGUCGUGCCAAAGAGGCAUUCCAUCCACAAGCAGGCUUUCCAGGUGGCCAUUCUGAAUGUUCUUUGAAGUUCAUUUGCAACCAAACUACAAGCUGCCCUCUUCCAGCUCUGUCUUGUGCAAGGAGAUAAGCAGAAGACUGAUGUCUGAAGAGACAACUUUUCAGGACAGAUUUAGACUCUUGCUUUCCUUCCCUAGUGGGGAUAGCGGAGUAGGAGAACGCUUGACCUGUAAAUCCCUAGCUGGCAGUAGAGGUGCUGGGGUCUGCCAGUUGGGAUGGAUUAAAUAUUUUUUUGGCCAGCUGGUUAUUGAAGCCAGUGUAUGGACUGCUUUGUGGGAAGAAGUCUAGACUAACUAGAGAGUGAUGCUGCACUGGGAAUAACACUGCAGGAGGAACAGGUGAGACAGCUGAGACAGAGAAGUUGCCUCCUUGGGAAGUCCACUGAACCAAGCAGUGCUCCAGGACUGGAGAUUCAGGCUGGACAGCUGGGGUUCACCAAACAAGCCAAUGUGAUUACUGGUUCCCAGCAUUUGGUUUCUGUAGAUUGUUGGCAUCAUAGCCUCUGAUCAGCUAGAUUUCAAAUGAAAAAAAAAGCAUGCCGUACUUCAAAUUGCCUAAUUUUUUUCCACAUCAUUUUACUCUCUGUUCUGUUUGGAAGCUGAGCAGCAGUGUCUCUUCUUUUUUUGCUUCUUCCGGCCCUAGAGAAAUUUUUGCCCUUUUAGCUCUCAUUUCUCUAUUGCUCUUUGAGCAGAGGAGUGCCAAGUGGCAGAGCGUCAGCUCCCCUUUGUCCCACCGAUCUUAGCACAUCCCUUCUCACCUUCCUGAGGCAAUGAUUCAGGGCUGGGCUGAAUGGGAGGGGGAGUAGGUGCUGAGCUGAAGUUCUGAGGUGGGGUUUUUUCCUAUGAUCCCACUCCAUCACCGUGCUUGCUGUGGUUAGGAGUGCAGCCCAUCACUUCUACAGUUUCAGUGCUGCUCCACAGCUAGAGUAAAUAUAUGGUAUGGCCAGCUUAGAAUUGCAUCUUCAGCCUUCCAGUAGCUCGUGUUCACACUCCCAGCUGCCAAAACCGGAUUGGGUUUUACAUGUGGCCUCAGCUUGGCAUGGUAACCCAAGGACUUUCUGCAUUAAGAAAGCAUGUCCCAGAAGGGAGAACUUAAAAGUGGAAAACCCAGUUGCAGGUUGUGGUGGGUUGACCCUGGCUGGCAGGUAAGCCCCUACUCCAUUGAUGCCCCCAGUAGGAUGGGAGAAAGCGUUGGAAAGGCAAAAGCCAGAAAACUCAUGUGUCGAGGUAAAGACAGGUCAUUAAGUAAAGGCAAAAAAAAAAAGAAAAAGAAACCCAAGUGAUGCAAAAGCCAUCACUCACCACCUCCCACCAGCAGGCCAAUGCCCAGCUUGUCUCCGAGCAAUGGCUACUUUGGAAAACUUCACCCUCCUCCCUCCCCCCUUCCAAUUUUAUUGCUAAGCAUGACGUUGUAUGGUAUGGAAUAUUUCUUCAGUCUGUUCAGGUCAGCCAUCCUGGCUGUGUGCCCUCCCACCCUCUAGCCCAGCCCCAGCCUACUCUGCUGGGGCAGCAGAGUGAGAAACAGAGAAGGCCUUGAC